UCUCGGUGCUGCCGCUCGGUAGAAACUCGGACACGCGUGUUGACGGAGACCGGAGAGUAUGAUGGCUGUAAUAUAACGGCUAACACACUCCGGAUGUAAUAUAACCGCUAAUACACUCGGCGCUUAUUGAAUUCGGUGUCAUUGUAGUUGCAGUAGUUGACAUCGUUACCUUUAAACGCACAAACACAAAUGAGUGGCUCGGUCAGAGUGCCACUAUAACGAAAACAGCGGAGACACCCGUUCAUCGCUGGCUAAACGAAGCAAAGCAUUCAGAAGAUUGGAGAGAGACUGGCGGUGUUGGGGGCUGACGCAGGAAAAACACCCAAAUAAGAGAAAAAUUCAAGGAGGCAAGACCACCAGAGCAGUCUGAUGAAUGCCCGAAGGUGUCGUCAGACACAUUAUCAAUGCCUGGAGCUGAGUAAUCUGGACAGAACUGGACUAGCGAUAAUAAGGAAGUCGUAUCUAAUUUCUGGGUUAUGCAAUGGUCACUGCAACUCGACCUAAGCCUCAGGUGCUGCUCUCCUGCUUGGUCACCCUCUGGAUUCACCCUGCUGCCCUCCAGGCAGUGAUUUCUCGCCUGGAUCCAACCACAUAAGCUGACAAGAUUGCAAAGACCUGCUGGGUGUCGAGCAUGACUGCCACCACCCGGGGGUCCCCUGUGGGGGGCAGUGACAGCCAGGGCCAGAGUCAGGCUCCAGAUGGCCAGAGCCAACCCCUGCUCCCCCCCAACCAGACUCCUUCGCCCAGCUCGUCCAAUGAGACGUCUCCGCUGAGUCCGGCGGAAGAACAGGGUCAGUGUGAUGCUCCGUCUGCUCAGGAAGAGGAGGAGCCAUCCUUCCCCCACACGGACCUGGCCAAGCUGGAUGACAUGAUCAACCGGCCUCGCUGGGUGGUUCCAGUCUUGCCAAAGGGGGAGCUGGAGGUCCUACUAGAAGCUGCUAUUGAUCUUAGUAAAAAAGGGCUGGACAUGAAGUGUGAAGCGUGUCAGAGGUUUUUCAGAGAUGGCCUGACAAUCUCCUUCACUAAAAUUCUCACGGACGAGGCAGUGAGUGGAUGGAAGUUUGAGAUUCACAGGUGCAUCAUUACUAACACACACCGACUCAUGGAGCUGUGUGUGGUCAAGCUGUCUCAAGAUUGGUUUCCACUGCUUGAGCUGCUCGCCAUGGCAACCAACCCCCACUGCAAGUUUCACAUUUACAACGGGACACGCCCGUCCGAGAGCGUUCCAGCUGGGGCCCAGCUCGCGGAUGACGAGCUCUUUGCACGUCCGCCAGACCCUCGUUCACCUAAGGGCUGGCUGGUGGACCUCAUCAAUAAAUUUGGCACACUGAACGGCUUUCAGAUACUGCACGAUCAUUUCAUGAGUGGCCAGGCUCUUAAUGUACAGAUAAUCGCAGCUCUUAUCAAGCCGUUUGGACAGUGUUAUGAGUUUUUGACAUUGCACACGGUGAAGAAGUUCUUCUUGCCUGUGAUAGAGAUGGUUCCUCAGUUUCUGGAGAACCUCACAGACGAGGAGCUUAAGAAGGAGGCCAAGAACGAAACCAAGAAUGAUGCUCUUUCUAUGAUCAUCAAGUCCCUGAAGAAUCUGGCGUCCAGAGUACCGGGUCAAGAAGAAACUGUUAAGAACUUAGAAAUUUUUAGGUUGAAAAUGAUCCUUAGGUUAUUGCAAAUUUCUUCUUUUAAUGGAAAAAUGAAUGCUUUAAAUGAGGUUAACAAGGUGAUCUCAAGCGUUUCAUAUUACACUCAUCGCCAUGGCAACCCAGAGGAAGAGGAGUGGCUCACGGCAGAGCGAAUGGCGGAGUGGAUUCAGCAGAACAACAUUCUGUCCAUUGUUCUGAGGGACAGUCUACACCAGCCUCAGUAUGUGGAGAAGUUGGAGAAGAUCCUGAGAUUUGUCAUUAAAGAGAAGGCUCUGACACUACAGGACCUGGACAACAUCUGGGCUGCACAGGCUGGUAAACACGAGGCCAUUGUGAAGAAUGUUCAUGACCUUUUGGCUAAGCUGGCCUGGGAUUUCUCUCCUGAGCAGCUCGACCAUCUGUUUGACUGCUUUAAGGCAAGCUGGACGAACGCUAGUAAGAAGCAGAGGGAGAAGCUUCUGGAGUUGAUCCGCAGGCUGGCGGAGGACGACAAGGAUGGCGUGAUGGCGCACAAGGUGCUGAGCCUGCUCUGGAACCUGGCACACAGCGACGACGUCCCUGUCGACAUUAUGGACCAGGCCCUGAGUGCCCACAUCAAGAUCCUGGACUACAGCUGUUCCCAGGACCGGGACACGCAAAAGAUCCAGUGGAUAGACCGUUUCAUUGAGGAACUGCGAACUAACGAUAAGUGGGUAAUCCCGGCCCUGAAACAGAUCCGUGAGAUCUGCAGUCUGUUUGGAGAAGCUCCUCAGAACCUCAGCCAGACACAGCGGAGCCCUCAUGUGUUCUACCGUCACGACCUGAUCAAUCAGCUGCAGCACAACCAUGCGCUUGUCACACUGGUGGCCGAGAACCUGUCCGCAUACAUGGAGAACAUGAGACAGUUUGCCAAGGAGCAUCCAGGUUUCGAUCCCCAGACGGUUCGUCUGGGCAGCCGUUACAGUCAUGUGCAGGAAGUUCAGGAGAGACUCAACUUCCUGAGGUUCCUGCUGAAGGACGGCCAGCUGUGGCUCUGUGCUCCUCAGGCCAAGCAGAUCUGGAAGUGUCUGGCGGAGAAUGCCGUAUUCCUUUGCGAUCGGGAGGCCUGCUUCAAAUGGUACUCCAAGCUGAUGGGGGACGAGCCGGACCUCGACCCCGACAUCAACAAGGACUUCUUUGAGAACAACGUGCUGCAGCUGGACCCGUCGCUACUGACGGAGAAUGGCAUGAAGUGCUUCGAGCGUUUCUUCAAGGCCGUCAACUGCAGGGAGGGCAAGCUGGUGGCCAAGCGGCGGGUUUACAUGAUGGACGACCUGGAGCUCAUAGGUCUCAACUACCUCUGGAGGGUUGUGAUUCAGGGCAGUGACGACAUUGCCUGCCGUGCAAUAGAUUUGCUGAAGGAGAUCUACACCAACCUUGGACCAAAGCUACAGGUCAAUCAGGUGGAGAUCCACGAAGACUUCAUCCAGUCCUGUUUCGACCGCCUGAAGGCCUCAUACGACACGCUCUGUGUGCUGGAUGGAGACAAGGACAGCCUGAACCGCACACAGCAGGAGGCCGUCCGUAUGGUCAGGGUGCUGACGGUGCUCAAGGAAUACAUCAACGAGUGUGACAGCGACUACCAUGAGGAGAGAACUAUCCUCCCCAUGUCCAGGGCGUUCCGAGGGAAGCACAUCACCCUGGUGGUGCGGUUUCCCAACCAGGGGCGGCAGGUGGACGACCUGGACAUCUGGUCCCACACCAAUGACACCAUUGGCUCCGUCCGCCGCUGCAUCCUCAACCGCAUCAAGGCCAACAGCACGCACACCAAGAUUGAGCUUUUCAUUGGAGGAGAGAUUGUUGACCCUGCCGAUGACCGCAAGCUGAUUGGACAGCUCAACCUUAAAGACAAAACGCUGAUCACGGCGAAGUUGACACAGGUCAGCACCAACAUGCCCUCCAGUCCUGACAGCUCCUCGGACUCCUCUACCGGCUCACCUGGGAACCAUGGCAACCACUACAGCGAUGGACCCAACCCGGAGGUGGAGAGCUGCCUGCCAGGAGUGAUCAUGUCGCUGCACCUGCAGUACAUUUCCUUCCUGUGGCAGGUGGCUGAUCUGGGUUGUACUUUAAAUAUGUCCCCCCUGCGGGACGGAGCCCGCGUCCUCAUGAAGCUCAUCCCACCAGAUAACGCUACGGUGGAGAACCUGCGGGCGAUUUGUCUGGACCACGCCAAGCUUGGAGAGAGCAGCCUCAGUCCCACGCUGGACUCGCGCUUCUUUGGACCGUCGCCGUCCCAAGUGCUCUACCUCACCGAGGUUGUAUAUGCCCUUCUAAUGCCAGCCAGCGGAACUCUGGGGGACGACGCCAGUGACUUCCAGUACAACUUCCUGAAGAGCGGUGGCCUGCCACUCGUCCUGGGCAUGCUCACCAGGAACAACUUCCUGCCCAGUGCCGAUAUGGAGACCCGCCGUGGUGCCUACCUGAAUGCUCUGAAGAUUGCCAAGCUCCUACUCACUGCAGUUGGCUUUGGGCAUGUUAAGACGGUGGCAGAGGCAUGCCAGCCUGUCGUGGAGGGAACCAAUCCCACAUCACCAAUAAACCAGGCAACCCAUGACCAAGCCCUGGUGCUCCAAAAUGCCCUCCAGAACAUUCCCAAUCCCACCUCAGAGUGCAUGCUGCGGAACGUUGCGCUCCGUUUGGCACAGCAGAUUUCCGAUGAGAAUUCCUUCCAGGCUUCAAAGUACAUCCCAGACAUCUGUGUGAUCCGGGCGGUGCAGAAGAUUGUGUGGGCCUCCGGCUGUGGAAGCGUCCAGCUGGUGUUCAGCUCCAACGACGAGAUCAGCAAGAUCUAUGAAAAGACCAACGCAGGCAAUGAGCCAGAUGGCGAGGAUGAGCAGGUGUGCUGUGAGGCACUGGAGGUCAUGACCUUGUGUUUUGCCCUCAUGCCCACCGCACUGGAUGCGCUCAGCAAGGAGAAGGCCUGGCAGACCUUUAUCAUUGACCUGCUGCUGCACUGUCAGAGCAGGCUGGUGCGGCAGAUGGCUCAGGAGCAGUUCUUCCUCAUGGCCACUCGGUGCUGCAUGGGCCACCGCCCCCUUCUCUUCUUCAUCACCCUCCUCUUCACUGUACUGGCAAGCACUGCAAAGGAGAGAGCCACACACGCUGCGGACUAUUUCACUCUGUUAAGACACUUGCUCAACUACGCCUACAACAGCAACAUCAAUCUUCCCAACGCCGAAGUCCUGCUCAACAACCAGAUCGAUUGGCUGAAGAGAAUCAGGGAUGAGGUGAAGAGCACAGGGGAGACUGGUGUGGAAGAGACCAUAUUAGAGGGUCAUUUGGGGGUCACCAAGGAGCUAUUGGCCUUCCAGACACCUGAGAAAAAAUACUACAUUGGCUGUGAGAAGGGUGGAGCCAACCUCAUUAAGGAACUGGUAGAUGAUUUCAUCUUCCCAGCGUCUAAUGUGUACCUUCAGUAUGUGAAGACGGGCGAUUUCCCUGCUGAGCAGGCCAUUCCAGUGUGCAGUAGCCCCGCCUCCAUCAACGCCGGCUUUGAGCUGCUCGUGGCCCUCGCCGUGGGAUGCCUUCGCAACCUGAAGCGGAUCGUAGACACGCUCACAGACAUGUACUACGUAGGCUUUGAGGCUCUUGCAGAAUGGGAGUACCUCCCGCCCGUGGGUCCCCGGCCCAUCAAAGGGUUUGUGGGUCUGAAGAAUGCAGGUGCCACCUGUUACAUGAACUCUGUGAUCCAGCAGUUGUACAUGAUCCCCCCCAUUCGCAAUGGCAUCCUGGCCAUAGAAGGCACUGGCAAUGACGUGGACGACGACACAUCUGGAGACGAGAAGCAGGACGGCGAUAGUAAUGUGGACCCCAGGGAUGAAGUGUUCAGUUAUCAUCACCAGUUUGAUGACAAGCCCUCUCUUAAUAAGGCAGAGGAUCGCAAGGAGUACAAUAUCGGAGUGCUGCGCCACCUACAGGUCAUCUUUGGCCACCUCGCUGCCUCCCAGCUGCAGUACUACGUGCCCAGAGGGUUCUGGAAACAGUUCAGGUUAUGGGGGGAGCCAGUCAACCUGCGAGAGCAGCAUGAUGCACUGGAGUUUUUCAACUCUCUGGUGGACAGCCUGGACGAGGCGCUGAAGGCCCUCGGCCAUCCCAGCAUGCUCAGCAGGGUCCUCGGGGGCUCAUUUGCAGAUCAGAAGAUUUGCCAGGGAUGCCCCCACAGAUACGAGUGUGAGGAGUCUUUCACCGCGUUGAACGUAGACAUUAGGAACCAUCAGAACCUCCUGGACUCCUUGGAGCAGUAUGUCAAAGGAGACUUGCUGGAAGGAGCCAAUGCAUAUCACUGUGAAAAAUGCAACAAGAAGGUUGAUACGGUGAAGCGCCUCCUAAUUAAGAAGCUCCCCCCAGUGCUGGCCAUCCAGCUGAAACGUUUCGACUAUGACUGGGAACGCGAGUGUGCCAUCAAGUUCAACGACUACUUCGAGUUCCCGCGGGAGCUGGACAUGGAGCCAUACACCGUGGCAGGCGUGGCCAAGCUGGAGGGAGACCAGGUGUCGCCGGAGAGCCAGGUUAUCCACCAGACCCCUCCCUUGGAGGCGGAGCCGGGCAGCAGCUCCCGGUACCGGCUCAUGGGUGUGCUGGUGCACUCUGGGCAAGCCAGCGGUGGUCACUAUUACUCCUACAUUGUCCAGCGGCACGGCACAGCCACGGACGGCCAGCGGGACCGCUGGUACAAGUUCGACGACGGCGACGUCACCGAGUGCAAGAUGGAUGACGACGAGGAGAUGAAGAACCAGUGCUUCGGCGGCGAGUACAUGGGCGAGGUGUUCGACCACAUGAUGAAGCGCAUGUCGUACCGGCGGCAGAAGCGCUGGUGGAACGCCUACAUCCUGUUCUACGAGCGCAUGGAACCAGCAGGGGGCGAUGGUGAGCUGCUGACGUACAUCGCCGAGUUGACGCUCAUGCCGAAGCAGCACCAGCUCAAGAUGCCGUCGGCCAUCGAGUGCAGCGUGCGCAAGCAGAACGUGCAGUUCAUGCACAGCCGCAUGCAGUACAGCCUGGAGUACUUCCAGUUUGUCAAGAAGCUGCUCACCUGCAACAGCGUCUACCUGAACCCUCCCCCAGGUCAAGAUCACCUGUUACCUGAAGCUGAAGAAAUAGCAAUGAUAAGUAUUCAGCUUGCUGCUAGAUUCCUGUUCAGUACAGGAUUCCACACAAAGAAAGUCAUCCGAGGCCCUGCUAGUGACUGGUACGACGCUCUGUGCGUCCUACUGCGUCACAGUAAGACUGUGCGCUGCUGGUUUGCACACAACUUCCUGUUUGCCUUCCCCCAGCGGUUCUCCGAGUACCUCCUGGAGUGCCCUAGUGCUGAGGUCCGUGGGGCCUUUGCCAAACUAAUAGUCUUCAUCGCACACUUCUCACUGCAAGAUGGGCCCUGCCUCAUCCCCGGCACCUCGCCGGGCUCUUCACAGACCUGUGACAGUCUGACCCUAAGCGAUCACCUCUUGCGGGCGGUUCUCAACCUGCUCAGGAGGGAGGUGUCCGAGCACGGCCGACAUCUACAACAGUACUUCAACCUCUUCGUCAUGUAUGCCAACCUGGGUCUGGCAGAGAAGACGCAGCUGUUGAAGCUUAACGUGCCAGCCACCUUCAUGCUGGUGGCACUGGACGAGGGUCCUGGUCCCCCCAUCAAGUACCAGUACGCAGAGUUGGGGAAGCUCUACACGGUGGUGUCCCAGCUACUCCGCUGCUGCGACUGCUCCACCCGCAUGCAGUCAUCAAUUAACGGUAACCCGGCUCUUCCAAACCCGUACGGCGACUCCAACCUCACAGCGGCCAUCAUGCCUCUGCAGCAGCUGGUGGCGGAGAUCCUGUUUGUGCGGACCAGUUACGUGAAGAAAAUCAUUGAGGACUGCAGCAACUCCGAGGAGACGGUCAAACUGCUGCGCUUCUGCUGCUGGGAGAACCCUCAGUUCUCCUCCACUGUGCUCAGCGAGCUCCUCUGGCAGGUGGCGUACUCUUACACGUACGAGCUGAGGCCUUACCUGGAUCUACUCCUCCAGAUUCUGCUAAUAGAGGACUCAUGGCAGACCCACAGGAUUCACAAUGUUCUAAAGGGGAUUCCCGAUGACCGGGACGGGCUGUUUGACACCAUCCAGCGCUCCAAGAACCACUAUCAGAAGAGGGCUUAUCAGUGCAUCAAGUGCAUGGUGGCUCUGUUCAGCAACUGCUCUGUAGCAUAUCAGAUCCUUCAGAGUAACGGGGAUUUGAAAAGGAAGUGGACGUGGGCGGUGGAAUGGCUGGGCGACGAGCUAGAGAGGAGGCCGUACACCAGCAACCCGCAGUACAGCUACAACAACUGGUCUCCUCCCGUGCAGAGUAACGAAACCUCUAACGGCUACUUCCUGGAGCGCUCCCACAGCGCCAGAAUGACUCUGGCCAAGGCCUGCGAGCUCUGCCCCGAGGAGGAACCAGAUGAUCAGGAAGCUCCCGAUGACCAUGACUCCUCCCCUCCAGAGGACACUGCCCUCUACCCGCACCCAGCUGGCACACAGUAUCAGCAGCCGAACAACCACCCCCACACGCAGCCCUACACAGGCCCAGCUGCCCAACACAUGAACAACCCUCAGCGGCCCCCCCAGAGGCCUCAAGAGAGCUGGGAGGGCACGGAGGAGGUGCCCCCUGUGCAGACGAAGGAGUAACCACCACCCCGAGCCUCCCUCGCGACCACGUCCCCGUCCUGCCCCACUGCCUGCUGCAUUGGGGGCAGGCCUGGACGUUAUAAACACCUGCCUCCGCUGUCUAGGACAGAACAACCUCCAGAGGCCCUUAGACCUCCUCGGCCCCUCCUUCCCCAGCCACUAACGUUUCUUAUCUCGCCCAGCUGUACUAGUUACCACCCCUCUGUCUUUCCUCACGACUAAUGUCCUGUCCCUGUGUCCAGGGUUCACAUGGUUGUGUGCUGAAACUGGAAGGGUUUGACUCUAAACACUGACUACCCUGCCAGGCUUGGUGCACAAAAACGCAUUUUUGCACACACACACACACACACACACACACACACACACACACGCGCGCGCGCAGGCACACACGCACACACACUGCCUAUGUACAGCUCUCUGUAUAAAGGAAGGAUUGCACAUGGAGUAAUUGUGUUCAGGAAUAGGGAUGGUGUACAUGGCGUGCAGUUGGACUGUUAAGUAACCAUCAGCUGUCACAGCAACCAAAUUGUCGUUGGUGAACAGCACUUGUCUACGAGACCUUUACCCAGCUGGAUUAUAACCUGCUAUUACACAGGGGACUGGGGAAGUCUGCGGGGCAGGUUCUUUUGUAGGUGUGGGUUUUGUGUCUUCAUGAUUUAGAUGGUAAUGCUUGGGUGGAUGGACACCGGUGCAAUUUCACCACAAGUAAUAAAAUCUGAUGCCCUCCAGUGGCCCUUUGCAGGGUUCUUGGCUUGGACGUGGCAUCACCUAUGAUGAUUUUGGAAUUUGUAGAUCCAAAAGCACUUCUCUGCAUUUUUUCAUGCGACUUUUUCAAGUUACUGGGCUGGUUUGAAGUUGACGGUAAUGCGCCGG